AUGGCACGGAGCUCGCGCAAUCCCUUUGGCUUCGGUCCCUACGUCGUGACCUUCUUCACGGCUGUCAUCUACGCUGGGCUUUUCGCAGCCCUCAUCGUCACCCACCAUGUCCUGCCGCCGACCCCAAGCACCCCCACUCCGCAUGACUGGCCAGGCGUCAACAUAACCCAAGCCUGGAACGAUCUCGAGCACCUGAGCAGUGCAUACCAUCCCUUCAACAGCAGGGACAAUGUCGCCGUGCGCAAGUGGUUGCUCGCCCGCGUUGGAAGCAUACUCGAUGCCAACAAGGUCGAGUGGAAAGAGGCGGCCCAAGACAGCGACCGCGUUGUGCCCGUCACUGUCUUCGACAGAGAUGUCAGCAAUCUGACCUACACCGACCCAAGAGGCUACACCGUCUACUACGAGAGCGACAACAUCAUGGUCUACGUGAGAGGCGCAGAGGACUCGGACGGUGAAUGGUGGCUGAAAAAGACCACCUACGACGGUCCUGGCGGCGUUCUAGUCAACGCACACUUUGAUUCCGUCAGCACGGGCUUUGGUGCCACAGACGAUGGUGUCGGUGUCAUUUCAGUACUGCAGCUACUCUCACACUUCACCAAGCAAGAGAACCAGCCUCAUCGGGGCAUCUUGUUCCUCUUGAACAAUGGCGAAGAAGAUGGCCUGUACGGCGCAAAAGCUUUUACGCAGCACCCUCUUGCCCAAUUCCCGCGUGCCUUCCUCAAUCUUGAGGGUGCCGGUGCUGGAGGCAGAGCCACCUUGUUCAGAAGCACCGAUACCGAGGUGACGAGAUUCUACUCCAAAAGUCCCCGUCCCUUUGGCAGUGUCAUCAGUGGCGAUGGUUUCAAGCGAGGCCUGGUGAAGAGCGGUACAGACUACAGCGUCUUCGUUGACGACCUGGGCAUGCGUGGUUUGGACGUAGCCUUCAUGGAACCUCGUGCCAGAUACCACACUAACCAAGACAAUGCUAGAGAGACCAGCGUCGAGAGUCUGUGGCAUAUGCUCUCUGCUGCCCUGACUACCGUGCAAGGUCUUUCCAGCGAUACCAGUGAUCAAUUCGAGCGUCCUUCUUCCGACCACGAGUAUGGCAAGACUGACAAAGCAUCUGGCAGUACCGGUGUCUGGUUUGACUUAUUUGGACGUGCAUUUGCAGUCUUCCAGCUGCACACUCUGUUCGCGCUCUCUGUGACUCUGCUCGUCGCAGGACCAAUCUUCUUGAUCAUCUUUGACAUUACUCUCCACAAGACCGACAAGUGGUACUUGUUCUCUAGAAAGAGAUAUCUCCAUUCGUCUGACGACGACGAGCCCGUCAAGUUUUAUGGCUGGAGAGGCUUNUUUAGAUUCCCUCUAAUUUUCGUCGUCGCAAGUGCCAUUGUUGUCGCACUCGCAUAUCUCAUCACCAAAGUCAACCCACACAUUGUUUACAGCUCCGAGUACGCUGUUUGGAGUAUGAUGCUCACCGCGUGGCUCUCCACUGCGUGGUUCCUGUUCCGUCUUGGAGACGCUGUUCGCCCGUCCGCACUUUCCCGCGCUUAUGUGUUGAUCUGGCUCUACGCUCUUUCCUGGCUUGGCCUGGUAGCCGCAACCAUCGGCGAGCAGCGCAUGCACCUCGGGUCUGGUUACUUCCUAAUCAUCUACAAUGCUGCCGUCUUCUUGGCAUUGCUCAUCUCGUACCUCGAGUUCUUCGCGCUUCCCAAGAGAAGUGUCUAUGUCGAGCAGGUCACCUACGCAUCGCAAAGCGUUAUUCCGAGUCCCACACGCAGCGGCAGUCUGGUUUCUCACAACGUCGUUGACAAUGACGAUGCCUCUAGAGGCAGAGCACCGCAUGCCAAUGAUAACGAAGAUGCAGAUGAGCGUACAUCGCUGCUGGGCUCAAGACAAACCUUCACACGCUAUGGCCGCGAAAGCCGUCGACCUGACGAUAAUGACGACGCUGCAGCCUCUGUGCACUCGCCUCUCAUAAAUCAGGCAUACGAGGGUGAGCAGGCUUGGUCUGGUAGUCUUCCAAGCUGGACAUGGCUUUUCCAGUUGCUCAUCCUGGCUCCGAUCAAUAUAAUCUUGAUUGGACAGUUGGGACUGCUGAUGACCUCGGCCUUGCACCAGACACCUGCUGAUGGCAGUCCCGUCUUACUCGUCUACCUGUUGAUCGCUGCGACGUCGGUGCUGUUAUUGCUUCCUCUGACGCCUUUCAUCCAUCGCGUAACCUACCACAUCCCUACUUUCCUCAUGUUCGUCUUCAUUGGCACUCUGAUUUACAACCUCGUAGCCUUCCCCUUUUCUCGCUCCUCUCGACUCAAGGUCUUCUUCCUUCAACAGAUCGAUCUCGACAAUGGCAACAAUACUGUAGCGCUCACUGGUCUAUCUCCUUACCUCGAGUUCGUUGUAUCUCAACUGCCAUCGGCUUCCGACAAUGGCUACCACUGCUCAGGCCCCGACUACGCAUUCUGGGCUUUCAGAGCGGGUCUCGACAGCUGCAGCUGGACUGGACCCGCACCCAACGUCGUACCCACGGCAUACAAGCCCCACCAACCCGGCAUGCCAUACCCCAACAGCACAGUCUCAUUGGCACUGGCCCGCAGACAAGCCCAAACCGCCAAAUACGCCACUUGGCUCGAUUUCAACAUCACUCGUCCUUCAUCCAAUGCCACCAAACGCGACUAUGUGUUUGAUGUCCGCGGUUCCAACACCCGCGCCUGCCGUUUGUACUUUUCGUCUCCCUUUGCCAAUCUCAGCGUCAGCAAUGCAGGCGCUAAAGCUGAAGUCAUGAAGCCUGGUCGCAGCGGUGAGGAACAGCGUGUGUAUCUGUACAGCAGGGAUUGGGAUGCCAGAUGGAGCGUCAAUGUCACUUUUGACCGUGAAGUGGAGAAGAAGCAACAUGGCGGUGUAAAGGGCAGAGUCAUGUGUGUGUGGAGUGACGCCAACCAGGUGGGCACUGUGCCUGCCUUUGACGAGGUCAAGCACUUUAUGCCUGUCUGGAGUGCUGUCACCAAGAACAGUGACGGUCUGGUUGAGGGUUACAAGCACUUCACUCUUUGA